UGUCCACUAAACCCUAAACUUUAUCAAAAUGUUCAAAUUUAUUGCUGUCUGCUUUUUCGCUUUGUUGGCUGUGGCUGCUGCUAAACCCGGUGUUGUUGCUCCUUUGGCAUAUACUGCUCCCGUUGCCGCUGCUUACACCGCACCCUUGGCUUACUCCGCUCCUUUGACUUAUGCCGCUGCUCCCGCUGUUGUUGGUCAUGCUUCUUACGUAGCUCCUUAUGCCUCCACCUACAAUGCCCACCAUAUUGCUCACUCUGCUGCCUUCCCUGCCGCUUAUGCCGCUGCUCCCGUAGUACAUGCUGCCCCUGUUGCCGCCGCUCCUCUUUUCUUGAAGAAAUAGAUCAGUAACUUGGAUUUAAUAAAUGAUAACAUAAAUCGAAA